UUGUGUUCUUUAUUUACAGGAUAUGUCAAUGGUGAACAAGCCGCAUUCUUCAAUGGGUCCACGGAGUAUUUCUAUCUGAACGGUGGAACCGAGCCGGUUUUCUCGUCAAAGACGUCACAAUUUUCGUUCGAAUUUCGAACAUCGUCGACAGAUGGAGUAAUUUGGUGGGAAUCGGAAUGGUCUGGUUCAGACUCAAGCGAUUUUCUCAUCAUUCACCUCAGAGGAGGAAUGGUGAAUAUCGCUGUGAACCUCGGAAACGACACUCUGAAGUCGGUGGCAACAAACCUUGCCGUGGUCAAUGGAAGAUGGCAUCGGGUGGCUGUUGAAAGGUACCAUUUCUGA